GUCAUGUGUUUAUUCCAGAGUAGACACACAGACACACGCACACAUCAUCGCUGGGACCAGGGACUGAACAAAGAGCUUAUCCCACAACCACCCUCUCCCCUGACCCCUCACAAAUCUCCAACACAAAAUUCCUGACCAUCUCCCAUCUUCCGGACCAUGGGAUCUGGGUCCUCAGCAGCUCAACUGAAAGCCAUUCACCUCGACGUUAAUGGGAAGAUACAGAAGGUGAUCUUCAGUUGCCUUUCAAGCCGCUCCGAUAUCCGGGAAACCAUCUCUGUAGCAGCCGGGGCCUUCAGAGGGGAGCCAGUGGUUUUAUUCGAUCCAGUUGGCAAACUGAUUGGGAUAGACCCUGAGAUGCCAGAGAACAGCGACAGACAGCCACGUCAUACAAAGCUGGGCUGGACGGAGGAAGGCAUCGGAAAUGCUGGAGAAACUCAGCAGAUCAGGCAGGAUCAGCAGCAAGAGGGAGAAAGCUGA